CUGCUCCCAUACGCCACCCGUAGGCUCUGAAAAGCAAAUAUGAAUGUUCAGAACAUUCCUCCUCUGGUUUGAUUAUUAUAUAUACAUAUUCCAUACGAAUACACAAUACCGCAAUAUAGUGGACACUUGUACAAGAUUUUAAAUUAAAAAAAAGAAUAAAUAAAACAUCUACUUUAGAAAAAGUACACAGCGCUGUCGAAGAACAACCAUAUUGUACCGAGUCUCCAACUGAUGUGUGAAUGAUUGAAUUUUCUUGUAAUAUUCUAGGAUAAUUCAGGUAAAAAUUCUACCAUCAUCAAAAAUACUGAUACUCCAAGAUACCCAUCGAUCAUUCAGUUUUUGUACAACCAACAUCAACUAUGGAUACCUUCGAAAUGUUUGAUCUUGAAUUGGACUUCCAAAUGAGACAUAUUACGGUGGAGGGUGAAAAAGUAACGUUAUGUUUGAAUAAACUCACAGAUGAUGGAAUAUAUCUUCAAACAACUUUCAUCAAGAAUGUGGUCAUUUAUAAGCACAUUGAUUUGUGCCCGCAUUCGGGAUUGAUGACUGUUAUUUAUGAAUAUUCCAAAUAUUACGAAGGUUUUGAUGUUGAAAGGAAUUAUCCUGAUGAAAUGAUGUAUACACAAGAUUUUGAAGAGCAAGCUGUGGUACGAAACAAGGUCGGAUUAGGAGAUGCGUGUAAAAUGGAAAUACAUGAAGAUGAGAACUAAAAUAAAAAUGUUCAGAUCUUGCUAAAAAAAUGUAAUAUUUACAUUACAUUUUUUUCUGCAUGAUUACUGGAAAAGUAGGAAGCAUUUCGAGUUUAGGAGCAGAAUUGGUACAACUAUAAUCAAGUUUUACGUUAAAUCGAUGAAAUGAAUAAUAUAAUAACAUAUUAAUGUGGUGGAGUAAAUUUUAAUAAAUUAU